AUGGAAGUGGAAGUUCUGAGCACACCGAAGCCAAACUGGCUAGAACUUCCUAGAGAAAUAACAAUGAACAUAUUUCAGAGACUCUGUACACUUGAAAUAGUUACAAGUGCAUCUGUUGUGUGCCCUCUUUGGUGGGACAUUUGCAAGGACCCUCUCAUAUGGCGCACCAUUGACAUGGUUACCGGUAUCACCACUGACAUGUUCACUGAUCCCUCUCAGUCAAAAUCCUACUUUGAAUAUCUUAGCAGAUUAGAAAAGAUCUGUCGCUAUGCUGUUAAUAGAAGCUGUGGCCAUCUUAAAGACAUUUAUAUUAAGAAAUUUGGGACAUUUGAUUUCCUUAUUCGUAUUGCUAAAAGUGCCAGUCACCUAAGGUCCAUAAGGCUUGAAAAAUGCUAUGAGAUUCCAACUGCAGAAAUCUAUGAAGUUGUGAAGAUUCAGCCAUUCUUAGAAGAGCUUGACAUUUUUCAUUGUUAUGAUUAUGCACAAACUACCCAUUUAUUUGAAUUUAUCGGCCAGAGUUGUCCCCUAUUGAAAUCACUGAAAUUUAGCCCUACCAUGGAGGAGGUUGACAAUAAGUCUGACGAUGGAGCAUUUGCUAUUGCAAACACAAUGCCUAUGCUGCGGCAUCUUACAAUUUUGAAUAAUGGACUCACUAACAAUGGAUUGCUUGCUAUUCUAGAUGGAUGCCCUCUUCUUGAGUCUCUUGAUAUUCGGGGAUGUGUUCAUGUCGAUUUGGAUGGAAGUUUGAAUGAAAGAUGUAAGCAGAUUAAAGAAUUAAGAUUUCCAUCCGAUUCUAUUGAUCAUAAUUUUAUCAAUGAUGAUCUAGUACUCGAUUUUAAGAUGAAAAUGCAUGAAUUAAAACGUCGUUUCUUAGUAUAA